ACCCACCGCCGACGUACCGCUUUUGCAGUGAUUGCGCGACGCCGUCCUGCUGUCCACCAGGCGAACACCACCCCUUCACUCGCCCUCCACCGCCUCCGAGCCCAUCUUCCAUCCCUCCACAUCCUCUCCCCGAUGCACACGGCCGCUGGUCGGGAGCUCGGCACGUCUUCUGCCAUCUCCGACCUCCGUCGAGCUGCCUCCCCCAAGCCACGAGGAUGAGCGGCGAUCUUUCACUCAGCAACGCCCUUGGCGGCCUGCGAAUCGCCAAUCCCGACAACGAGCAGGCCGUCGGCUCUCCCAUUUCCCCCGCCUCCACCGUCUCCCCCCUCAACUCCCCUCCGCCACACCCUCCUUCACAACAGUCGCACUCGACUGGCGAAGCGCCGCCCGCCGCGGCCAAUCCGUCCAGAUUACCUCCCUUGUCUCGCGAGAGCUCGGGAAGCCUUGGAUGGAGUCCGAGCAGCUACACGUUCCAGAACGGCGACGCGUCACCUGCCUCGCCCUUCCACUCCCAGUCUCCUGCCACACCUGGCACCGAGUUCCCGCUGCACCAACACCGCUUAUCCCACCGCAAGAGCCUGCCGCUGAACCAACAGACGUCUCAGCAGUGGCAGCCUUCAUCACAGCCCCCUGCACACGCUCAGCAGUAUCGCAACGUCGGCCCUCCAAAUCCUUCGAUGCAGCCCUCCAACGACGUCUACCAGCAAACGAAUGUUUCCUCGACCUCGACCGGCUCGCACAGAUAUCGCGAAGAACAAACACAGUCCGAUGUUGGCGCGUAUGACUCGAUGAGGCCUGGAGUGAGACCGCCCAACGGCAUGGCGGGAGGCAUACCCAUGCGAAAUGGCAGUAGGACAUAUAAACCCACCGGCCGACCAAUCGAUGGUGGCAGUGGCGCGUUGCCACCGCAAAGGCCCUCCCACCGAGCGCGAGGGCCGUCCACCAGUUCCAUCACGGCCAUCGAUGCGGCUGCGGCAGCAUAUGCAGCAUCGGCACCACAGCCGUCCAACGCGGACGAGUGGCGUGAGCAUGGGGCCGCCGUCGGCACGAGAACAGAGACGGACGCGUCGGGCAAGGCGCACACCAAAACUGUGAAGAAAGGCGUCAAAGACUUUUCCUUCGGCCGCACACUCGGCGAUGGCUCCUAUUCCACCGUGCUGGCUGCUACCGACCGACAGACCAUGAAGGAGUACGCCGUCAAAGUCCUCGACAAGCGACAUAUCAUCAAGGAAAAGAAGGUCAAAUACGUCAACAUUGAGCGCGACACGCUGAAUCGACUCACCGAGCAUCCUGGCAUCGUCCGUCUCUACUACACGUUUCAGGAUGAGCGCUCACUGUACUUUGUGCUGGAUCUGGCGAGCGGCGGCGAGCUACUCAGUACGUUGAAGAAAAUGGGGACGUUCGACGUGGAGUGCACGCGCUUCUACGGCGCACAGAUACUCGACAGCAUCGCGUACAUGCAUUCGCGGGGCGUCAUUCAUCGCGACUUGAAGCCGGAAAACGUCCUCUUGGAUCGCGAUAUGCAUACGAAGAUUACUGAUUUCGGCACUGCAAAGAUUCUGCCCGAUCCAAAGCCCCAAGGUGCAGGGAAUGACAUGGUACCCGGCAAUCCGACGGACGGCGCUGACCAAGAUCGUGCCAAUUCAUUUGUUGGCACGGCGGAGUACGUCAGUCCAGAGCUUCUGCAGCGGGCGAAUGCUUGCAAAGCCUCCGAUCUAUGGGCAUUUGGGUGCAUCAUCUACCAACUGCUAGCUGGUAGGCCUCCUUUCAAAGCCGCGAACGAAUACCUCACGUUUCAGAAGAUAUUGAACCUCGAGUAUACCUUUCCGGAUGGAUUCCCGCCCCUCGCUCGAGACCUGGUGGAGAGACUGCUAGUGCUAGACCCCGCCAACAGGCUACCAGUGGAGCACAUCCGAAACCACCCCUUCUUCGAAGGCGUGCAAUGGGGCAAGGGUCUGUGGCGGCAAAGCGCACCCAAGCUGCGCUCCUACGUACCACCGCCGUCAGACCCAAUCAAGCUGAAUGGAGCGGGCUCUGGUCUGCCCCCGGCCAUGCAGGCGGCUUCGCCACCCCAAAUCCCGCGCUCGAAUCAGUUGCGCGAUCUACGAGGGGUAACGGACCUUCCACCACCGAGCCAACUAGACAUCGACUGGUCACCUGUUCUGCAAAACAACGAGCGCAUUAUGAAGCUCGGCAACCUCAUCCUCACCGUGUCGCACAGCACACACAGCUUCAGUGCAAAGAACGGCGACUCGGCUGCUGCUCCGGAGAAGACCAAGUUACGCAGCUUCUUCAGUGGCAAUGCGAACAAACGUCGUGAACGGCUGGUGCUCAUCACGAGCAACGCGCGAUUGGUAGUUGCUGCCGCUGGUGGGAAUGAGAAGAAGGCAAAGUUGGAAGUCAGUUGCGUGGGCGGCGCCAGCUCGUGGAAGAGCUUUGUGGACAGCAAGGGCCUGACGGGCUUCCAUAUUGAAACUCGAGACAAACAACUUACCUUCGAAGACCCUCGAGCGACAACCUCGGACCCCGCUGGCAGCAGGUACAGCACCCAGGAAUGGCUGGAUGCCCUUGAGAAUGCGCGGGAAAUGGCCAUGGCGCAAUCACUGACCGGGUCCUAUUCUGGCGACAGUCUGUUGCACACAGUCGACUCCAGCAGUCCAUCCGCACAUCAGGGGGGCGACGCGGCGAUGCCUCUGAGCGGGCCCAGCGCCGGAGACAAAAGGCAUCAUCUUCGGCAGACGCUGAGGCGCAAUACCGAUGAGAGCCUUGGCGAAGACAGGAGCGCGAGACGCCGCUUCUCCAAGAGACACAGCAAGGCUGGACUCGCCGCUGUGUUCUGAUUCCUGGCCGGCGGCAGAGAGUUCAUCAGUCGUGCCUUCGGCACGCACAUCCCUCGGUUUGACGACGUUACGACAAUACCUCACAACUUCUAACGCAGCGAGUGUCCUUCUCUUCUCUUCGAUUCUUACGACCUCGCUCGGCUGAGCGCGAAUGAGAUUUUUUUUUGCUUCAGGUGGUGGGUUUCGGGUAGCGGGGAGUUUGGCGAAUUCGUGUGGAGGCUGCAUUCAGUCUCGUGAUGGAGGCGAGUUUCCGGAAAGAAUGCGGUCGAGUGCAACAGCGCAGGGCGGUCCGGCAUGGCAUAGUGGAAGCGUACUUGAGAUUCUGUAGAAACGCGUGAAGCAAGCAAGCAAGC